AUGAGCCUUAGAGAAGAUGUAUACAAUAUCUUUAAUACAGAUGGUAAAAUAUUACAAAUUGAAUAUGGCCUAGAGGCAGUUAAUAAAUCCCUUCCUUUAGUUGUACUAAAAAAUAAAAAUACUAUUGUGUGUGCAGCUAAAAAGAAUCAAGGAGAUUUGCUAGAAGAUGAAGUCCAGACAAGUUUUCAACCUAUCUAUUCUAACAUAUAUUCAGCUUUUACCGGUAACUGGCCUGAUGUAUAUACUGUCAAUUCUAAAUGCAAAGAUCUUGCAUACAAGGCAUCUUAUAAGUUAGGAUAUUCUGUUACACCAGAUAUUCUUUGUAGACAACUUGCAGAUAACUUACAGGUAUUAAUGCAAUCUACCGGUGAAAGAAGCCCUGCUUUUGCUGGUACUCUUUUUGGCUUUGAUAAUGGUAAGCCUAUUAUAUACAUGACAAAUAUUUCUGCAGUGUGUUAUCCUGUUUAUGGUUCUAUGGUAGGUACUAAAUAUCAGAACAUGUUUAAAUAUGUUGAGAAGCAUUAUAAUGAAGAUGUGGAUGAUAAUAAAUUGUUUGAGCUGGCUGUAGGUGCUUUACUGGAGAGCUUGGGAGAAAAUUCAGUUUAUCAUGAAAUUGAAGUGGCUUAUCUAAAGAAUAAUGAAAUACUUAAAUAUCUUAAUGAUAAAGAGAUAGAAACUUUACUUUUGUCUAUAGCUGAUAAAUAA